AUGUCAACAGCAGGAGUUGCUGCUCAGGAGAUUAGAGCCCCUUUAAAAACUGGAUUUCUACAUAAUGGCCAAGCCAUGGGGACCAUGAAGGCCUGCUGGCGCAGUCGAAAUGAGUUUGAAAAUAACUUUUUAAAUAUCGAUCCAAUAACCAUGGCCUACAGUCUGAACUCUACCGCCCAGGACCGGCUCACAUCUAUUGGGCAUGCUUCAAAAUCAGCCCCAAUGAAUGGACACUUCUUCGCAGAAAAUGGUCCACCUCACAAGUCCAGCUUGCCACCUCUUAUCAUCCCCCAAACUGAAACCUUGGGUCAACAUGAAGAGGACCAUGUUGUGUGUGGUUUCAAGAAACUGUCAGUAAAUGGAGUUUUUGCUUCAACUCCGCCACUUACACCCAUAAAAAACUCACCUUCCCUUUUCUCCUCUGGAGCGCUUUGUGAGCGGGGUUCCAGGCCCCUUCCCCCACUGCCAAUCUCUGAAGACCUCUCUCUCGACGAGACUGACUGUGAGGUAGAAUUCCUAACCAGCUCUGACACAGACUUUCUGUUAGACGAUUGUUCACUUUCUGAUUUCAGAUACGGGGUUCCAGGCAGGCGCAGCUUCCGUGGAUGUGGGCAGAUCAAUUACGCAUAUUUUGACACCCCGGCUGUUUCAACAGCUGAAAAUCUUAACCUCGCCUCCGAACAAAAUGGAUGUGUCCAAAAUGCAAAUCCCCCUCCAUCUCAGUGCCAUCGAAGACUAAGAAGAUCUCAUUCAGGACCAGCUGGGUCUUUUAACAAGCCAGCCAUUAAAAUAUCCAGUUAUCUACACAGAGCGUCUCCCAACUCUGAUGAAGACAAGCCUGAAGUUCCGCCCAGGGUUCCCAUACCUCCUAGGCCAGUCAAGCCAGACUAUAGAAGGUGGUCAGCAGAAGUCACCUCCAGUACCUACAGUGAUGAAGACAGACCUCCCAAAGUGCCACCAAGAGAACCUUUAUCCCGGAGUAACUCCCGCACACCAAGUCCUAAAAGCCUUCCAUCUUACCUCAAUGGGGUCAUGCCCCCUACGCAGAGCUUUGCCCCUGAUCCCAAGUACGUCAGCAGCAAAGCUCUGCAAAGACAGAACAGUGAAGGAUCUGCCAAUAAAGUUCCUUGCAUUCUGCCCAUUAUCGAAAAUGGGAAGAAGGUUAGCUCAACGCAUUAUUAUCUACUACCUGAGAGACCACCAUACCUGGACAAAUAUGAAAAAUUUUUUAGGGAAGCAGAAGAAACAGGCACAAGCAGCCCGAUCCAGCCCCUCUCUGCUGACUGCAGUUUUGUUCCGGCCACUGAAAAACUGGACUCAAAAACAAAGCUGGACAUUGGUGGCCAUGUGAAGCGCAAACAUUUAUCCUAUGUGGUGUCUCCUUAA